GUCCAGCUGUCACUGACAGCGGCACACAUGAGCCUGGCACUGCCCACCGCUCUACACAUCCUCCUGUCUAAUACCACACAACAGGGACAUGACGGGGCACGGCAGGCCACUCAUCUUUGUCGAAUGAGGACACCGUGCACAAGAAGUCGCUUGUUGUAAACUGCUAACUGUGAUCUAGGUUUGAUGCUAACCGAGACUAGCAUCUGAACGGAGCCUGUUCUGCUUUGUGCGGUGGAGUUAGCUGACGGCUAGCGAAGGUCGGGAGGACUCACGGUUAGCAACGGGAGAGAAGUCUGUUAACCACUGAGCAUCAUCAUCGGUCUGUUAUUUAACCAGACCUGGCAGCUUUUUUAUGGAAAUCCAUACAUAUUUUAUGCUCAUCAGCAAACGGACCCCACGUACAACCAGUACAACCGACUGAACGUUUUUACAACAUUAUCGUUGCUGUUAGCUAUGUUGCUAAAGCUAACGCCAGCUCAGUGAGUCCUGCCGCGGCGAGGAAGGAAGAGAAGUGACUUAUGAUGUGGUCUGAGAGAAGUGGCAGACUGCCAGGCGAGGGAGAACAGCAGUGUUAGCUUAAAACUAUUCUCACAUCAUUUACAACCGUGCCUGGCCCGUACAGCGAAGCCUGAAUGAAGAAAACAACUGGGACACUCCAAUUGCGUGAAGGCUAAAUGCUUGUGUUUCUAACACAGUCGUGAGCUGGUGGUCAGUCCGAGCUGCGUUGGAGAAAUACUAUCUUGGCUAUUACAUCGACUUUAGUCACUGUCUUCUGUAACUAUGGCAUCGGCGAGCAGCAUUGCAGCAAAUAUCGCCAGUAAAACGAAGACCAAGAAAAAACACUUCGUUGCUCAGAAAGUGAAGCUCUUCCGCGCCAGCGACCCUCUGCUCAGCGUGCUUAUGUGGGGAGUCAACCACUCUAUAAAUGAAUUGAGCCAUGUCCAGAUUCCUAUUAUGCUUAUGCCCGACGACUUCAAGGCCUUUUCCAAGAUUAAAGUGGACAACCACCUCUUUAACAAGGAGAACAUGCCCAGCCAUUUCAAGUUCAAGGAAUACUGCCCCCUGGUGUUCCGAAACCUCAGAGAGCGCUUUGGCAUUGACGACCAGGAUUUCUCGAACUCUUUGACUCGCAGUGCUCCUCUGAACAGCGAGGCGCAGGGCAGGAGCGGCGCCCGCUUUCACACGUCCUACGACAAACGAUACGUCAUCAAAACCAUCAGCAGUGAGGACGUGGCCGAGAUGCACAACAUCCUGAAGAAGUACCACCAGUUUAUUGUUGAAUGCCAUGGCAACACGCUGCUGCCUCAGUUUCUGGGGAUGUACAGGAUCACAGUCGACGGAGAUGAAACCUACAUGAUUGUCACGCGAAACGUCUUCUCGCAUCGCCUUUCUGUCUAUAAGAAAUAUGACCUCAAGGGUUCAACUGUGGCAAGAGAGGCCAGUGACAAGGAGAAGGCAAAGGAGUUGCCCACCUACAAGGACAAUGACUUCAUCAACGAUGGCAUGAAGAUCUACAUUGAUGGAGAAAACAAGAAAAUGUUCCUGGAGAAGCUAAAGAAGGAUGUGGAGUUCCUGGCCCAGCUGAAGCUCAUGGACUACAGCCUGCUGGUGGGGAUCCAUGAUGUGGAGCGUGCAGAGCAGGAGGAGGUGGAGAGUGAGGAUAAUGAGGCGGAGGAGGAGGGAGAGAGUGACGGAGGAGGCAUCGGUACCCCUCCAGAUAGUCCCAGUAACACUCUGGACAGCACCAAGCCGCUGGCACCAGGAGAGUUUGACCCAGCCAUAGAUGUUUAUGCCAUCAAAAGCACUGACACAGGCGCUCCCAGGAAGGAGAUUUAUUUCAUGGCCAUCAUUGAUAUUCUACAACAUUAUGAUGCCAAGAAGAAGGCUGCUCAUGCUGCAAAGACUGUCAAACAUGGGGCUGGAGCGGAGAUUUCCACAGUGAAUCCUGAGCAGUACUCCAAGAGGUUUUAUGAUUUCAUCACCACCAUCCUGUCAUAGCCUCCGUGCUCACAGAGCCACAGGGAGGGGGCAGACUGGCAGGGCAGUGGGUUACUGUGAUGUGCACUCCCCUCCCUGGUGGUCUGGUCCCUUUCAAAGGAAUAUCUCUCUCUGCAGCUAAAACCAUCAUCAGUUUACAUGUAACCUGCCCUCUGUUGAGUUUGUUCAUGUUACUUUGGAGAAUAAGGGUGUUAUAAGCAAGUGUCCAAGUCAUUGUGCAUUUUUUUAUGCGUCUGUAUGCAACUGUCAGUUUAUGUGGGAAUAUAGUAGCUUUUUAAAAUUUCUAACAUCCACUUCCUUUGGUUUUAUGGUUUAUACAGUAUGUUACCAUGCUUUUCUGUUUGUUCACGGGAGGUUGUUUAAGGGAGUUUCGCACAUGUGAAACGUGGCUUGAGCGUGAAAUUAAAACGUUUACGAAAUGCAACGCUUCGUUUCAGGGAGGCAGUCUUCCAGUAGGCCAACAGCCACUUCCCCCAAUCCAAAAAAACUCAAAGAGCUCAGCCAAAACAAAUCUUCCCAUUUAUACCUUUACGUUUGUGAUUGAGCCUGGAUUCGUCUUGCCACAUUUACUUUCAAUAAUUUUUCCUCAAAAUGUAAUUUAUUUGUAAGCACCCGCUGCACUUGUCGUUUUUGCAUCCUGUUUUACAAAUUGUUUAAAGAUUUACAGUGUAUGUUUACAUCAGUCAAAGAGGGAUUGCUUUUAGUUGUUCUCAAAUGUUCAGUAGUUGUCAAAUGCAGCGUCGUGUGGCAGAUGUCCCAGGCUUUCCGUGGCUAAGUCCUCAUUCAGUCAUCAGCAGCUCUUUCUUUUGCCAUCAGCACCUUAUGAAUCAAACGUUUGCACUUUCAUUUGUUGUUAGAGGUUAGGAGUCCUUGUUCUGUUACAUGCGCUGCAACAAAAAGGCAAACAACUUUUAGAAAAACAGCACUGUGCAAAAGUCAAGAGAGGGCUGUUAAAUAGACAGUACUGUUAGAACAUUUCCAACUGAUAUUGCUCUUAAAAUCAUUUUUACAAAAAGCCAAAAAAAAUCCAUUGAUUCACUGACUCACAAAACACUCAAACAAAAGACUGAAAUGAACUAUUAAAGUGUUAUUCAAAGUGUUUUCAAAUUCACUAAAACAUUCAUUUAAGCAGGUCUGAAUUGUAAUGUAUUUUAAAUCAACCAAAAAUAUAUUACUGCUUUUUUUUCCUUUUACAAAUGAUUUAAUGUUUUACACCUCUCUACGCUUGCACAGUACUGUUCGUUACAAGCCUGCUUUAAAACCUUUUGACUUCGACACCAGGCUGUGGUGACUAUGCAUGUAAUUUCAGGGCAGAAGUUUACCUCCGGCAUCGUACCAGCACACACGCGGUCGUACUAGUUCGUGUGUGCGUCAGUGUUCAAAAUGGAGGAGGAGGAAUGUUUUUUAAAAUCUUUGCAGGUCAUUUACUAACACCGUCAACUUCUCUAACCUCGCGUCUUGUUUUUGCAUUGUGUGUUUUUUGAUGACAUUUUACAGUGGUUUUACCUGUGUUUGAAAUUUGGCAGUUACUGAAUUUAUAUGGUAAUAAUUUCUGUGUUUUUCUGUUCAAUAUUUUUUAUGUAUAUUUUGCACAAUAGGAAAAGGAACCAAAUGUUACGAAUAAGAUCUUGAUGAGUUGAUACGGUCUUAACAAGGGAAAUGCAAUAUACUUGUGUGAGUGUGCGUGACUGAUGUUGUGUAUCAAUGCCCGAUAACCAACUAAAACAAAUUACUUUUCAUUGAAGCUUCCAUUAAAAUAUGUUUAGAUGUAUAAAAAAAAUAUAUUCACAUUUAUAUUUUUACAUUGGUCAUUAAUAUAAAUCUAUUUAAAAAAAAAAAAAAGGAGCCACUUUUCUGGAUGAGUGUUUGUGUUACGUGUUAAAUCCAGUUUGAAUUUUUACAGCUUAAAAUAUAGGUGUAAACAAAACAAAAAAAAAAAUCAAAAAUUGCAUGUUGCUGGUUGCCCUAUUUCUGGUCAUUGUUCAGGUGUCCACGUGUUGUUAAUUAUUCUCUAUACCACGCUUUAAAUAACUCGUUUCAUUGUAUACACUGUGCAACAUGUGUGCCUUUAUACUCCAAAACUAUUUAAUUUUAUACUUCUUUUUUUAAAACAAAGAUAAAUGUUAUUUUUAAAGUUCCUCAUUUAUGCCCCAUUUUGUGCCGUUUUCUUUUUCUUUCUCCUAUGUGUAUUCGUUGUUGUGUCAGUAGAAUAAUACCAUACUGAUGAUUGUUGAAACAAAUUGGAGAUUGGCGCAUUGUAAAAUUGAAAUAUUAAAUGUGUUCAGGCCAGGCCCCCCCCCCCCUCGGUAAAGUCAUGAAUAUACUACUAAUCUCUUGUUUUGUUGAUGCUAGUCCUGCCUUUGUGUCUGAACUUGUGGAGUGAGUGUUGUGGUUGUUUUGCUUUAUUUCAUUUUUUUUUUUAACUGUGCUUGUAUUUUCAAACCUAACCAUUUUAAGGCAUUUGUCAGGAUUUUCCUUUUUACCUGGCUGACAACACAUGCAGCCAUUUCUUUAUUUUGCAUUAAUGGUUGUGAUGUCUUGAUGUGAAUGUCUCAAAAUCAGUGGUUAGUUGGUUCACCUGCUGCGCUGCUUUUCUGGUUGUAGCUCCUGUUGUCACAGUUGGAAAAUACAUUAUUACACACGCUUUGCACGCUCACUUUGGCAAAACAGUCAGUGGUUAUUUUUAGUUAAAUCCUGGAAACGAAUGGGAGGGAAACCCAUACUUAAAUGAAAUGUUACACAAUGUUUUUUGCUGCUGUACAUACAAAACCAAGCUUUUUUGUGACUCUGUGUGCUCUGUCACCAUGGUCUUUGUUGUCAACCUGUUGCCACAAACCCUGCCAAAAACAAAAGUACCCACAAAAUGUCUCACUAUGAGCCGAAUGAACAGUGUGUAUUGUAUAUUUCAACUUUUAAACUGUCUGGGUAAAAUAACACCUCCUGCAUCCCUUUUAUGUGAAAAUGUCUACAGUAACAAGCUAUCACAAACAGACAAUAAACUUUUUGGAAGCCACAUAUGGAUCUGCAGGUCUGGGAAUGGCCUUAUUAACCACAUUGUAGCAUAAAAUAUAUUAAUUGGAGAGAUGCAGGCCUAAACCAGCAGCUGAAGUGCCCUGUGGGGUUCCCAAAUGUCCCCAGCUUAUGUUAUCUCUGUGUGCGUGUGUAUGUGCGAGUGUUUGACGUGGCUGGUGGUGUUGAGAGAAUUCCGUUCUGUGGCAAAGAGGCCAAAAUGAUGUUGUAUGUUUAUUGUUCAUCACAUGUAAUGAUAAAAGAUAAUACACUCCAUUCCAUAAGCGUUCUCUCAAACCAAUAAAAGCACUUGUUCAGCUUAACUCA